AUGAGUGUACGCACGAAUGCGCUGGCCGUUCUCUUACUUGUAUUAACAAUAUACACAACAAUAACGGAUGCCGCGGCCCUCACGGCAAGCGUUCCUCAACGUGGCAAAUCGUGUUACUUUGCGUGGGUGGAUCAAAAAUACGAAAAAGUCGGCUUUUACUUCGCUGUGCAGGAAGGUGGUGAUUUCGACGUCGAUUACACUCUUAUUUCGCCGCACGAUAAAAUCAUUUUGCACGGUGAAAAGUCAUCUCAGGAAGACUUUGUGUUUACAGCGAAUGAAGCGGGUGAAUACAGUUUCUGCUUUGAGAACCGAGUCAGCACGCAUGAGGAGAAGCUCGUUGACUUUGAUAUCACGGUAGAAUCAGAGCCACGUCUUGAACUACCAUUGGCAAAGGCCGCACUUCUGCGUGACCAAUCAUCGCCUGUUGAAGAGUCCAUGUCAAAAAUCGAUUCCGAUCUCACGUCCAUCGAGCGGACGCUUCGUUAUUUCCGUCUUCGUGAUAAUCAGGGAUAUGUGCUUGUGGAUCAUACUCAGCACCGGAUCACGCGCUACUCUAUUUUUCAGGCUCUUAUCAUUUUGGGCGUGUCUGUGGGUCAAGUGUACAUGGUCAAGUACUUCUUUGAUAGAGGAUCUUCCGCUUCGCGUUUCCGCGUAUAA